AUGCUUUCCAGAUCGUUGUUCACAGCGGCCCUUCUGUCACAGGCGUGGGCUGCUCCAAGACCCCAACCUGCCAUCUUCCCACGCCCCCAUCGAAACGAAGCCAGACAAGAGAAUCCAUCAGGGGCACCACCAGACUUCGCUUUGGGCGUUCCAACUGCAACUCCCUUCGGCCCACCAGGCGCAAGUGGCUCUCUGCGCGGUCCAACAAACCUCGCCGGCUACGAUCCAAGCUUUCCAGUCAACACCGAAGCACCUGGUGUUGUUCCUACCGACCAGUUCCAGGUAGCACCGGAGCAAGAGGCAGACCCGGAUCUUGGACUGUAUCUCGAUCUUUCCGAGGUGGAGAACCCGCAACCGAUUCGAGGAGGCACCAAUGCGCCUACUGAUCCUGGUCCACGCAAUGAGGCGAUUGAAAAGCAGAACAGUGAUUUGUAUGCGCCUCCUGGAACGGAUGCUGGCGAUGUGCCGAAUGCGAAGUGGCCGCUUGCCCUCUCCCACAAUCGCCAUGGUCUCAAGAGUGCCGGCUGGGCUCGCCAACAAAACGUCGACAACCUCCCCAUCGCCACAGCCUUCGCUGGCGUAGAUAUGCACCUCGAACCCAACGCCUACCGCGAACUCCACUGGCACCAAGCCAACGAAUGGAGUCUCAUCCUCAACGGCUCCGUGCGCGUCACCGCCGUCGACGAAGCCGGCCGCACCUUCGUCGACGACCUGCAACAAGGCGACGUCUGGUUCUUCCCCGCCGGCGUGCCGCACAACAUCCAAGCCUUCGGCGACGGCGUCGAGUUCCUCGUCUUCGACAACGGCGAGUUCAGCGAAGACGGCACGUUCCUCGUCUCCGAACUCUUCCAGCGAAACCCCAAAUCCGUCCUCGCCAAGGACCUGCAAGUCGACACCAGCGCUUUCGACAACAUCCCCGAAGGCCAGCUUUACAUCUUCCCUGGGACGCCCGCGCCCGCCAACAUCUCCGAGCAGAACGUCACGGGUCCCGCGGGCAGCAUCCCCAACGAGAAUACAUACUCCUAUCAUUUCAGCCAGCAGCAGCCGUAUGAGGUCCCCGACGGCAGCGUCAAGAUCCUGGAUACGCAGAGUUUCCCCAUCGCGGCGGAUUUCGCGGUGGCGCUCGAUGAGUGGGAUUAUUUCAUUCAGGGGCAAGGACGGGUGACGGUUUAUACGGCGCCGCAGAGUUCGAGGACGUUUGAUUUCCAGGCGGGUGAUACCGGCUACGUCCCCGUCGUGACGGCGCAUUACCUCGAGAACACGGGCGAUACCGACCUCAUCUAUCUUGAGGUCCUCCAAUCCGCCACCUACAACGACAUCUCCGUCGCGCAGUGGCUGGGGCUGACGCCCAAGCAAGUCGUCAAAGACCACCUGGGCUUCAGCGAGGAUACCCUGAACCGCUUGCCGCAGAUCAAGCCUUUCAUCCUGCCGGGGUCGACGAAUUUGACGCAGACGAACUUUACGACGGAGGCGGUUUAG